AUGUCGACGGCAGUGGGCGACGAGCCUGUUGCGGAUGCGCCUCCUGUCCAGCAGGAGGCUGCCCAGGAUGCUUCUGAUCUCUUUGGUGGUCUGAAGAAGAAGAGCGGCAAGAAGAAGAAAAUUCCUAUGGACUUUGAUCUCGGCUCGGAGAAGCCUGCGGAAAAGGAAGCGGCUCCGGAGCCUGUCCUGACCGAGGCUCCCAAGGAGGAGGCAGAGACUCCCAAGGAGGAGCCUCCCAAGGAGGAUCCUGCGCCGGCUGACGAUGGCGCGCUCGACUUUGGCGAAAUGAAGAAGAAGAAGAAGAAGAAGAAGGCCGCCUUUGACCUCGAGGAGUUCGAGAAGGAGCUCGGCGAGCAGCGCGACUCGGACAACCCGGAGGACGAGGGCGAGAACCCUUUCGCUCAGGACAACAACGACGACGCCGCGGGCGGCAAGGCCGACGACGUGGAGGCGUGGCAAGGCACCGACCGCGACUACACCUACCAGGAGCUGCUGGGCCGCAUCUUCCGCACGCUGCGCCUGCAGAACCCGGCGCUCUCGGGUGAGAAGAAGAAGUAUACGAUGGUUCCCCCGGUGGUCCAGCGCGACGGUUCCAAGAAGACGGUCUUUGCCAACGUCUUGGAGAUCUGCAAGCGUAUGCACCGUCAGCCCGACCACGUUAUCCAGUACCUCUUUACCGAGCUGGGUACCGUCGGCUCGGUCGACGGCUCGCAGCGCCUGGUCAUUCGCGGUCGCUUCCAGCCCAAGCAGAUCGAAAACGUGUUGCGGCGGUAUAUCGUGGAGUACGUGACGUGCAAGACCUGCCGCUCGCCCAACACCCUCCUCACAAAAGAGAACCGUAUCUAUUUCAUGACCUGCGAGGCGUGCGGAUCUCAGCGUUCGGUCAGCGCCAUCAAGACUGGUUUCCAGGCCCAGACCGGAAAGCGCAGCAAGAUGCGCCAGCAAUAG